AUGCCUCCAAAAACUCGUAAGAAUGUGCCGAAGAAGGACACUGGACCAACACAGGCUCUCAUGUCUCGCAUCGAACAUCUCAAAGACUUACUCAAGAACCUCCCAGACUCGCUCCCCAUUGCAGACAAAAAAAGCACUUAUCAAUUUGGUCUGGACUACGACAAACUCGAAGACCGUGGCCCCCUGGGCUCCUUCUCGCACAACAUGGAGAUCUGCUUCAAGACUGCUCGUGGUCAACAACUGCAGAUAACCGAACGCGGCCCGCGCUUGCACGACGGCCUGAUCAAUGUGAUGAAGGAUGCUGUUGGGCUCAUGUCAGAGAAGGAUAGGGAAGUUCUCCAGAGCGCUUGGCUGGAAAGGAUAAUUGACGCGGCAGUUCGCGCGGGCGGUGUGAGCUCGAAGAUGAAGGAGGGAAAGCGGCGGCGGCAGAGCACUGUGUCAGGGAACAAAAAGGCCAGGGCUCCCAAGCGGAAGAAGAGCACGCCAGACGUGAUCAUCGUCAGCGACAAUGACAGUGACCGCAGCAUAGAUGGACGAGCCAGCUCCCCACCUCCACCAACAAGCUCUCCAUGCCCAUCAACUGCCGCUGGUCCAUCAUCGAUCGCACCCUUCCCCUCGCCUCCUCCCCCUUCCACGCACCGCACGUCUCCCACUCCGAGCUCACCGAGUCCCCCGCCAGCACUUCCUGGACCGAAGGCAACCGUCAUUCAGCCACCACCACUGCAGAAGACGCUGAAGCAGAUGACCAUUCAGUUCCCGCGGUAUGCGUCACUUUCGCAGGCGGAGAAGGACGCGAUCAAGGCGAGAAACAAGCGUGAAGCGCAGGAGAAGGAGAAGGAGAUGCUAGCGAUGGAGGAGCAGAAGAAGGUUGACACGUUGAAGAAGAAGGAGCGGGAGCGGGAGCUGGCACGGCUGCGUAAGCAGCGCGAGAGAGCGCGGAAGCGGGAGGCGAAGGAGGCCAGGUCAGACAAGGCGGAGGUCAACAAGGUCACGGACCACCUCAUGCGUGGUGCAGCGGCAGUGAAUCAUGUUGUUGGGAUUGCCGACAAGGCAACGGUUUCUUGUCUGGAGGCGCAGCAGUGGAGGGCCGAGCGGAACGGCGUGCUCGGAGGCACCCAGCACGCGAAGGCGGUCAGAACCAACUGGUUCCACCCCUUCCUCUGGCCCUUCAUCGAUGCUACCAUGCGGCACGUCCUUUUCAGUGCAUCCAAAUGCGAGAAGGUCCUCAAGCGCGAACACCCGGAGCUCUAUGCUGGCGUGAACCCGGAUGGAAGUAUCGCCCUGAACCGUGGACUUGACAAGGGUACUAUCCAACGGUGGAAGGCAGGGCGGGGGUCGUUCGAGUGGUCUCCGACAACACUGGAGAACGUCAAGAGGGCAAGAGUUGCGGCGGCGAAGGGGCGUGCUGGUGUGCUGGGAAGACAUCAAGAGCUCGUCGAUAAGAUCAAGCAGAUGCUACGUGAUCUUUGCACGUCCGGCCUUGUCGUCAACGUAGCAAUCGCCCGUCCCGUCAUGGUCGCUCUCAUCCAGGCUCACAAUGCCUCAAUCCUCGCCAACGAGGCGCACUUCCGCUGCUCCGAGCACUAUGUCCGCAACUUCCUCCAGAGCGUCAUGGGCUACAGCUUGCGAAAGGCCACUCAGGCGGCGGCUCACAUUCCACCCGAUGCGGACGUGCUUUGCGAGCGAUGUGUCUUCCGCAUUGUCUACUUGAUGAAGUGGUACAACAUUCCGCUGGAGCUAUUGAUCAACAUCAACCAGCUGGGCAACUACGUCCUGCCGAACAACAGCUUCACCUAUGCCGAGAUUGGGGCUAAACAGGUCAAUGCUGUGGGAAAGGAUGAGAAGCACGCAUACACCCUCUGUGUAGGCAGCACCGCGGCCGGAGGAUUCCUCCCCUUCCAGCAGAUCUUUGGCGGCAUGACUGAUCGCUCGCAACCGGCCGAGGACGCUCCUGGCAUGGACAAAGCUCUGGCGUACGGCAUGCACUUUACGUUCGCCCAAAGCGAGACCAGCCCUCGCAGUCACUACAGCAUGCAAAAGACGAUGAAGGAGCUACUUGACCACAUCGUGAUGCCGUAUGUCAACUCCACCAUCGAGAGCAUGUCCCUCCGCCCCAACCAGAAGUUCAUCCUCCUUAUUGACGCGUACCCGGUCCAUACGAGUGAGGAGUUCCGCUUCACCGUUUGCACGUACGGCAACUUGCUGCUCUGCUACGUGCCGAACAGCUGUACAGGCAUCAUUCAGCCUGCGGAUGUCAGUCUACAGCGGCCUGUGAAGCACGUGCUGAAGCAGGCGAUGUUCGACUAUCUCACCGCCGAGCAUCAGGCUCAGAUCGCUGCGGGAGUCGAGCCGAAGGACUUCAAGAUGAUUACAUCCUACCCUACACUUCGGAAUGCCUCUGUUGCAGCGUUAAACCGCGCCUACGAGUUUGGAACGAGUCUGACCGGACGGGAUCUAGUUCGACAGGCCUGGCAAAAAUCUGGUCCGCCUGGCAAGCCCCACCUCUCACUGUCACCUGAAUGGCUCAAAAGCGAAGAAGCGCACGCUGCUUUGGACGAAUACCUGCAGAACAAUCCCACGCUCUAUGAAGAGAUUCGCAACCGCGUUGGCCACGUCUAUGGCUCAUUCAACGCAGCCGAGCACGAGCCGGACCCUGCCGCACCAGACGAUUCAGACAUCCCGCUCUCGAACAUCAUUCACGACAUGUUUGGAGAAGAUGUCAAUGUUUCUGAUGUCGAGAUUUGGUACGGGACCCCUCUCACAGUUGCUGAAUGCCAGAAAGGGACCACUGAAGGGCUCGGACUGGAGGCAGCAGGAGUCGAGGAGGAUAUAUUGAUGUUCGGUGACAAUGGGGAGUGCUACAGCGCUCGGAACCUUCCUGUACAUAGCUGA